AUGGUAAGGUGGCUCAAGCUUUUGAUCCAUAGAGUUCAGUGUGUAUGGAUCCUGAUACCGCGAUUCAGAAGUGGCAAGACCCCAGAAACAGAGUGCUCACUCGUCAAACUCAUUCUGAUUUACGAGACAGAGGAACGGACACACCCAAACAUCGCCAAUGCUACUCGUGCUUUCGAUUCAUCAGCUUUCAGCGGGAUUACAACACGCAGUAUCAGAAACCGAAGAUUUCAAGUAAACUGGUCAUCAGGCAGUCUGGAUUCAGCUUUGAGGCACGGAGCGAGGACACGCACCCAGUCAUUUCCAGGAGUCUAUUUCAACACCGGGUUCAGAAGUAGGCAGAUCGCGGAAACAGUCCCUAUGGUGGACAGAGAGAAGACAUGCAAACAUCCCAAGCUUUCUCCCAGGUUUCGAGCCAUGCGCUCUUGUCCAUACAAUUUUCAAUACCAAGAAUCGACAGCAGACAGAUUUCGGGAAGAUGCUUAUGGUGUAAAUUUGAAGGACAGAGAGAAGACACCCAACAUUGUUGAGUAUUUGGAUGGGUUGAACGCGAGUACCAGGAGAGGAGAGACAUGGCCACAAAGACUGUUUGUUUCGAUGGAGAUGCAGAAAGCAUACAGAGAAAGCGCCAUGAGAGAACAUAUACCUACUCUGCCGCAAGUCAAGAGAAGUGAGGAAGAGGGGCAGAACGACAGCGCACAUCGGAACUUCCAUGACACCUUUCGGGCGCAGAAGAGAGCAGCGAGGGGUAGAUUUCAUGAGAGAAUACACAGCCAUCCAACCGAGAUUUCCUUAAUUAGGGGGAGAAGGAGAACACAAGCACAUGCGCGAAACCACAUAGGCAUCUCAAAGGCGGUUUUUGUGCGCAGAAGAACGCAGCGAGAAAGGAGGAGCAGAACACAAGCACACAUGCGAAGCUGGGAAACGGAUUUCGUGCGCAGAAAAGAGCAGCAAGCAACAAGGAGCAAAGGCAAGCACACAUAA